UGUCAAAGCUUAAUCGUAAAAAACAAAAAUUUGUACCCUUUCACAUUUCUGUAACGCCAGAUUUGACUUGUAAUACAAAUUGCAUCAGAAAAUUUGCAGCUGUGAAUCAAGUGUAUCAUUGGAUAUCGAUCAUUAUAUUUUGCUUGAGUCAUAGCUGCUUGGAGAACGUUUUAAACUAUCGUUAUUGUUUUGCAAAUUUAAAGAUUAAGUAAACCUUGUAUCAAUUUAUCUGUGAAUUGUUAAUUAAUUUUAUUACCUUAUGCUCUGCAUGCAAAGUGAAGUUAUUGUUAGUGAACAUGUCGAUUACAGGAGAUAUAAAAGAAACUUUGGAGAUACAAAUAAACGAAUUAGAAGCUUUGCAAGCAGUUUAUCCAAAAGAAGUGUCAACAAGUGAUCAUGGGAAUAUUGCUGAUAUAAAUGAUUAUAUUGCUGGAAAGACUAUUGAUGUCCCUUUAAGAUUAGAAUACGAAAUUGAAGUCCCAGUAGAUGAAGUAGUUGUUGAGCUCCUCAUAAACUUGCCGUUAGAUUAUCCUAAUGUCAGUCCACAAGUAUAUUGCAGAAGCUCAGCUUUAGAUCGAGAAGAGCAACUUAAUUUCAACAAGAAUUUGAUAUUAUUUUGUGAAUCUCAAACAAAGGGUGAACCUAUUGUUUAUUAUUUAAUUAAUUGGAUUCAAGACAAUGCAAAACAAUAUUUCAAAAGAGCUGAGGAACAUCGAAAUAAGAAAAUUGUUAGAAAAGUUUCUGAAGAUAAUUCAAAUAAGAAUAUUUGUAAUGAAUUUGGAAGAUACUGGAUCUAUAGUCAUCAUAUUUAUAGCUACAUUAAAAGGAGAAAUAUUAUAGAUUUAGCAAAAGAAAGUUCCCUCACUGGGUUCAGUUUUAUAGGCAAACCAGGAAUAAUUUGCUUAGAAGGUAUGCUUGAUGACUGUGAAUACUUUUGGCAACAAAUCAAAAGCUGGCAUUGGCAUCGAAUUAUCAUAAAGUUUAUAGAAAAAGAUUUCGAACAAACUGAUGACUUCAAUAAGUACAGAAAAUUUACUGACUUUCAAGAAUUGAGUUUUGUAAACUGUGACAGACAGACUAAUCAUACAGUACCAUUGAAUUUUAAAAAUGACACCAGUCAGUUGUUAAAGUUUUUGAGACAACAUAAUUCUGAGCAUGCAUUUAAUCAAAUUUUUGGCUUUGAUACUAAAUGUACUGAAUAGUUGAGGAAAUUUAUAUUAUUUAUGAUAUUUGUAAUAAAACAACAAAGUUUGAUAUACAUAACAAAUAAGUUUUAUAAUAAAAAUGUUUAUACAAGUUACCUUUUUCGUUCAUACUGUGCUUAAAUAGUUCCUUUUUAUGACGAGAGUUAUACAACAGGUUUUUCAAUAUGCUAUUUACAAAAUUAUCAAUUUCUUGAUCAAUCAAUGCUUUUGUUUCAUUAGUUAGAACACUUGAUUCUAA